GUGCAACCCCGUUCAUCUAGCCCUACUCCUACUAGUAGAAUGACAUGACAUUUGUAGGGAUGGACCCAACUAUAGUUGGGACUGAUACCAUAGUUGGGGUGUAACACUAUCAAGCUGCACUGAACAUAUAUGUACAUGUAUAUAACAAGAUACGACUCACCAAGAAAGGAAAAUGAAUGCUCCAGAUGUUGUUCUGGUAUUUAGUGGUAAACGGAAAUCGGGUAAAGAUUUUACCACUGAUAUUUUGCUGGAGCGAUUGGGUACGGAUCUUUGUACAAUACUGAGGCUCUCUGGACCACUCAAACACCAAUAUGCCAAGGAAAAUAACUUGGAUUUCAAUAAGUUGCUGGAUGCCACCAGCUACAAAGAGGAGCACAGGGCAAAGAUGAUAAGCUGGGGUGAGGAACAGCGUAAGAAAGACCCUGCAUACUUUUGUCGCCUAGCCAUCAAAAGUGCAUCUCCUAACCAUAAAGUUUGGAUCAUCAGCGAUGCUCGAAGGCAAACAGAUGUCGCAUUUUUCAAAGAGAAUUACUCUAAACAGACUGUCACUAUCAGAGUUACUGCAGAGGAUAGUGUCCGAGCCUCAAGGGGAUUUAUGUAUACUAAAGGUAUUGAUGAUGCGGAGUCUGAAUGCGAUCUUGACCAUGGAGUGACAUGGGAUUUCAUUAUAUCUAAUAAUGGAAACAUAGAUGUACUUGAACCUCAACUUGCUCAAAUUAUAGACCAUAUACAAGAAAAGUUGACCUAUACUUAACAGCGUUACAUGAUUACAUGAUACUGUCUAAAUUUAUAGACUGCAUAACAUUGGAAUAUCUUAUAAAUACAAAUGUUCAUUUCUUUGAAAUGUUUGAAAAUGUGAUGCGCCAUCUGAAACUCUUAGAUAUUGACUUAAAUGAUAGAAGGUUCCUGUUCAAGUUAUAUAUCUAAAGUUUAGCUCAUUUCAAAUAUUUCUGUAUAGCAUUUGCUCAUCCCUAUGGCUUGUCUUCAUGUAAAGAGACAUUGAAACAAGAAAACUUACCAUAGCAAAAAUGAAAAAUUCCGGCAACUUUUCUUGCUCACUGUUUGUUAGAUUGAAGAUUUGCAUUAAUAUAUCUUGAAAACCAAAAAGUCUUCCAAAUAUGGGAUUUGAAGAUUACAAAUAAAGUUGGAUACUCAGGACUCAAAAGUGCUUUCCUUAAGAAUUCUGUUAAAAUUAUUAAGUAAACCGCUUAGGCUUGCUUACCCGAGUUGAAAUUUGAAUGUUAAUGACACAAAUCAGUAAUACAUGUUCUACAUUUACAAAGCUUUUCUGUGUACAUGUUCAGGUAUGCUUUAUGUAACUUGUAAUGAGUACAAGACAAUACACUGUGCAGUAUCUGAUUGUAACUAUGAUAUAUUUCAUCAAGCAGAUCACACACGUACAUUUCAUUCAAAUUGUAAUCUUAACUUGUUAGUGCAUUCAGUGCAAUUUACUUGGAUCGGGACAAUAAAUCACCGGGACGAUAGUAAAUA